AUCAUAAAACAAUAUAAGUAACAGGAAUCAUAAAAUGAUUUUAAAUUUAGUAUAAAGCAUUCUAAAGCACCCACAUUUUCGUUUCGCAUGCGUUCGCUUUAACGUUAUUUAUAACUCAUUACGCUAUGGCAAGCACGAAGUAGUGCAAAAGAUAUCCACCGACGAAUUUCUGUAUAUGUUACGUUUCUUCAUAAAUCACGUGAUAAUUUAAUGGUGUCUAUGGAUUUUAUCAACUGUUCGAAAUAUCGAUCUAUAAAGAGUUGCUGCAGUGAAAAGUCAUUGAUGGACGAUGAAAAUAAGAACAAUGAAUUUCGUAAUAAAGAUUGCAUAUUCCUUGAACGAAAAAAUAAAAUCGAAGAUGGAUAUUCCACUGUUAACGUGGAGCCAUUACGUUUCGUUAAAAACGUACGCAUGAAAGACCAAAUAAAUGGAGAUAUACAAGAGGAAGGUUUCUCUUCCUUUAAUAUGCAGGAAGACAAAGAUUUUCGAUGUCCUAGAUGUGGCCAAAGCAUGCAAGAACCUAGAUUACUUCCUUGCUUGCAUCCUAUAUGUUCAACAUGUAUUUCAGAAUUAAUGAGUAAACCAUUUUAUAAUUUUACAAAAAGUAUUAAAACUGAAAACAAUAAAUCGGAAAGCAGCCAAAAUAAUUAUUACGAAAUUUGCCCUUUAUGUGAUGUUCAAUUACCAAAUGCUAAUUCAACAGUUCCACCUCCGCAUUAUCCUCUUCAGUAUCGUCUGGUAAUGAGUGCUAUCCGCUCUAAAUUUACAAACAAAAUACUUUGUGAUAUUUGUCCAGAUGAAGUUGUUGCAGUUGUUCAGUGUUCCACGUGUCUCCGCAAUUUUUGCUUAGAUUGUGGUAUGAAGCAUCAACAACAAAUUACAUUGGAAUUAAAACCAUUAAAACAUUCGAUAAGACCGCUAAUGGAAGCUACAAAAGUACGACGUACUGCACUUUGCCAGCAACAUCCUACACAUGCUUUGCGUUUUUAUUGUAUUGCUUGUCAACAGGUAACCUGUAAAGAAUGUAUGUGGAGUAGUCAACACAGAGGUCAUGCAAGUGAAAAUGCUGCUGGAGUUGCAAAACGAGUUAUUUUAUAUUUAACGAAAAUGUUGCAAAGAGCAAAAAUUCUUUUAAACAUGCUCCUAACACAGUACGAUCGAGAUGCAUUUUUAAAUAGCUCUUUUGAGGAAAUAAAGGAUACCAGCAUUUCAGUUGAUUAUAGGUAUGUUAAACUGAUAAUUUUUUAAAUCAAUUAUUUGUCAGAUAAUAUUACAAUUAUAAGAAAUAUAUAUACACAUAUAAAAAAAAUUAGGGAUAUGCUAAGACAAAAGGUAUAUUAUAAGAGAAACAUAUGUAAGUAAAUAUGCAUACAUAUAUUACUUACAUACAUGUAUCUGAAUUGUCAUGUGAUGAUUAUUACUAUAGAUCUUAAGGUUUAAUUAAGAAUAUUUUGUGACUGUCAUUUGAGGUAAAAACUUAUGCAUUGCUAUAGGAUACAAAAAACUGUGAUAAAAAAUAACUGUUACUAUACAAGUAAUUAAAAAAAAUAAAACAUUCCAUUAUAUAA